CUGUAAUUUAUUUGUGAUAAAAAAACUAUUAAAAAAAUUAUUAGUAAAUAACUUGAAGUAUGAAUGAGAUGCUAUUAUUACCAUUAAUACCCAAAAUAUUCACUGAAUUUACCCAAAUAUUCAACGAAUUUGGGAAGAGCAAAAGUAAUCAGGCGUCAUUUUCGAUUCCCACUAUCAACUGCCCAGUACUUUUUUGGUUACUGUUACGAAAAUGUCGUUCCCGCGAUACGGCGACGACUCGGACGAUGAUUGGCGGGAAUUAGCCUCCGAGCAACACCGUGAGAUCACGGCGGCGAAAGAGCUCGACUCCGACUUGGAUUUCGCUUUCCAACUCCAACUCCAGGAAGCAAUUAAUGCUUCCCUCUCACUCCAACCCUCCUCCUCCUCCUCUGUUUCUACCCCUCAAAAUGACACCAAAUUGCCGCCUCCUGACGACGGCGUUUCUGUUUCCAUUACUGAUUUCCAGUCGGAAGAACUUCUGAAAAUCGAGCAAGAGAUUAAAGACCGAAAGCUAUCUGAGGUGGAGUUUAAGAGAAUCAGAGACGAUCUCCACCGUCGGAUUCACGACAAGAAAGUGGCGGAGGAGAUUCAUCGUAUGCCCGAUGAUGAUUGGGACGAGUACGGCGAUAAUUUCGAGAAGCCUUUCGGAGGAGAAGGGAGUUCCUCGGGUAAUAGUAAUAGGAAUGGUGAGGUUUUUAGGGUUUAUUUCAAGGGUUUGAUUGAGAAAGAAGUUGAAGUGAAGGGGCAUAACAGUGAUAAAUUGCGCGUUCACAGCGGGGUUUUCUAUGGCAUUGGAGUUGCAAUCUGCGAUUCUCGGGGAGAAUUGUUGUUUGAAUUGGCGAAGCCUAUCUACGGGAAUGGAUUGACGAGGAAGGUUGUCGAAUUUAAAGCGUUGCUGGAGGGAUUAAAUACCGCCUUGGAAUUGGACUUGAAGAGGGUUAACUUUUGUUGCCAUUAUUAUCCGUUAUAUCAAUAUGUCACUCAUCGAUGGACACCAAAGCAACAAAGAAUCAUCCCAUUUAUCAAUCAAGUUGCUCAGCUUCAAGGAAAGUUUGCAUCUUGUCGUCCAAUCUUGGUGACUGGAAAUGAUGUGAGGUUUGCUUUCAAACUUGCAAGGGAGGCGAUAGUUGCUCAGGUCAAUAAACCUUCCGGAUCAAGUGGUGCGGGGAGCUCGUAUGAGACAUGUGUAAUAUGCCUUGAGGAUAAGCUCACUAGCCAAAUGUUCACAGUUGAUGGUUGCAUGCACAGUUACUGCUACUCUUGCAUGAAACAGCACGUGGAGGUUAAAAUGCUUUCUGGUGUAAUACCCAAAUGUCCUCAUGAAUCAUGUGCUUCUGAACUCAAGGUUGAGAGUUGCAGCAAAUUUUUAACCCCAAAGUUACUUGAAAGGUUGAAACUACGAUUUCAUGAAGCUUCGAUCCCGGUUACAGAGAGAGUAUAUUGUCCAUAUCCAAAAUGCUCUGCUCUGAUGUCAAAAGCUGAGGCUUUAGCAUAUACAAAAACGAAAAGUCACUAUCCUGCAGGAGUAAGAUCAGGAGGAGCUACAUUGUGUAUAAAAUGUAAAUACAUGUUUUGUAUCUCUUGCAAAGUUCCUUGGCAUAACAACAUGACAUGCUAUGAGUACGAGAGGAGAAAUCCUUAUCCUCCUGCCGGAGAUAUGAAUUUGAAGAAUCUUGCAGCGGUCAACUUGUGGCGCCAGUGUGUAAAGUGUAACCACAUGAUUGAACUCGCGACGGGGUGCUACCACAUGACUUGCAGGUAGUGCUUGUCUUCCAUUUUCCUUUAUAAGCUCCGAUGUUGUUAGCCAAAUUUUGACGUUUGCUUCCAAUGGCGUCUUUUUUUUACCUUUUUUCAGGUGUGGCUACCAGUUUUGUUACACUUGUGGAGCUGAGUGGAAGGACAAGAAAGCGACGUGCUCUUGUCCACUUUGGGAUGAAGAUCAUAUCAUUGACGAUUCUGAGGACGAUGAAGAUGUAGAUGAUGAUGAAGAGGAGGACGAGACAGAUUCUGAUGGUGAUUAUUUUGGUUAUUAAUCUAUGCAUACAGCAAGAUGCUUCCUUCUGGAACCGGGAGAUCAUUAGGUCAAUCAUCUUCAAAGUAAUUAGUUUUUGCCGAAUUUAAAAUCUUUUCGUUCCUUUGGUCUCUUUAGUACAAACCUUAUAAUCCGAACCAAGAAAUAAUUUUGUUAAACAUUAUUUCAGUUCGUGAUUUCUGCCAAGGGAUUGUUGUGUUUUAAAAUUAUGACUUACAACCAAUCGGCAUUUUUAUCUUUGAAUCUUAUGAGAAAAGGUUGAUUUGUAAGAUUUAACAACAUGGUAGUUUUUAAGUAAGAUUAUUCGUUGGUAAGAAUGCUGAACGUUACACAAAUUCUGAUUGAAGUUGGAAAAGUGAAGUAAUGAAAGUGGAAAUAGGCAAGAGGGAAGGUUUGAGAAAUAUUGAGG